AUGGACGAUCCUGACUAUUCUGCUACCAUCCCACCACCUCAACCUCUCUCUGUUUUGAUGCUCCAUCCUCAUAUGCCUCCACUCGGUGAUGCAGAACCCGAUCUUGGGUCUCCUCCUCCGCCUCUAGGACACGCGAUCCUACUACAUCUGGAUUUCCUGCAAGGACCACACUCAAGGAGCUUGGUAUUAUUAAGCUCACAGCACAGUUUGUGGCGCGGUACGGGAGACAAUUUCGUCAGGCGUUGA